AGAGCUGAGCUAACCCUGGGUGACAGUGAGGGCAGAGCUCCAGCUCCCCCUCCCUGGUUGGUUGUAUCAUGAGAUUGCUGUACUUCCUAAAACCACAACGUCUGCAGUAUGUGGCAGCCCUGGCUCAGCCCCUGGCUUCCUGCCUGAGCUCUGGGAUAAACAGGACACCCUACCCCCAAAUCCCCCCAAACCCUCCAAAAACAGGUCUCAGGCAGAGCAGCUCCCCCCCAGUCACCAUGGAUGACCUGCUCAGUAAGGCUGUGCCCCCUCUGGCUCCCUAUGAGACCAAGGAGAAAUACCCCCCACCCUCUGAGAGACAGAGCCUCCACUUCAUGCAGUAUUACAGGGCCCUAGAGAAAGAGGAGAGGGCAACCUUUCUGGGCAAGCUGGCUACUGAAUUUGGGGUGGACCAUGCCCAGGUAGCAGAACUCAGCAGUAAAGUGGUACAGGCCCAGCAGAAGAGGGACAUGGGCACUGUGCUUCAGGUGGAGGACAGGCUGAGAUACUACCUCACCCCUCAGUACAAAGUGCUCCUCUGUCAUAUCAGUAAACUAGAAGGUGGUAUGAAAUUUUUGGUGGACCUGAGAGCUGACCUUGUAGAAAGUCUUUCAUCAAAAAUGGCAGAUGGUCCUCAUAUUAGGGAAAUGAAUGGAGUGCUGAAAAGCAUGCUGUCUGAGUGGUUCUCCGUGGGAUUUCUAAACCUGGAGCGCAUUACGUGGCAGUCCCCCUGUGAGCUUCUACAGAAGAUUAGUGAGUACGAAGCCGUGCAUCCUGUACGGAACUGGACGGACAUGAAGCGCAGGGUGGGCCCUUACAGAAGAUGCUAUGUGUUUGCUCACAGCUCAAUGCCGGGGGAGCCCCUCAUCGUCUUACAUGUUGCUUUGAUGCAGCAUAUUUCCGCCAGUAUUCAGGCAAUAGUUAAGGAAAUCCCGCCAUCUGAGCUUGAAGAUGGAAACAGGAUCAAGUCAGCCAUCUUUUAUUCCAUAAGUCUAACUCAGCAGGGACUGCAGGGGGUGGAACUCGGCACGUACCUCAUCAAACGUGUUGUGAAGGAGCUACAGGCAGAAUUUCCUCAAAUCACAGAGUUUUCAAGCUUGUCACCAAUUCCUGGUUUUACCAAAUGGUUGGUGGGAGUUCUGAGCUCCCAGAGUAAGGAAUCUGGUAAGAAUGAGCUUUUUUUGGAGUCAGAAAGCAAAGAGAUUUCGGCCAUUCUCGGAGGGCCGCUGUCAGAGUCCCUAAAACGCCUCUUCACUAGCAGUGAGUGGAUGAGAUCGGAAAGAUUGGUCAACGCCCUGGAGGCGCCAUUAAUGAGACUAUGUUCUUGGUACCUGUAUGGAGAAAAGCACCGUGGUUUCGCCUUAAACCCAGUAGCGAACUUUCAUCUGCAGAACGGCGCUGUAAUGUGGCGUCUGAACUGGGCGGCAGACACAAGUCCACGUGGAGGAACCACCUCCUGCGGCAUGAUGGUCAAUUAUCGUUAUUUCCUGGAAAACACAAGUGCCAAUAGUGUUCGGUACUUAAGAACAAAACACAUUGAGGCUUCUGAUCAAGUACUGAAUUUGGUAUCUCAGUUCAAAAGGAACAGCAAAUUGUAACUAGGCCUAGCUCACUGUACAAAUGAGAGAAAUCAAAAGACUUUUAUAUAUGUUGUCUGUAUAGUGGUAUGUGUGCAAAGUAUUCUUUGGGUGCAUGCAUUUAGAAUUUCUGGCACUGACUGAGCCGCCUGUCUUAACAGAGUGACACUAAAUAUCUCUGCUGUUGUGAUUGUACUUGAUGACUAUAAAUGAGAAGAUUUGAGGUAUGACAAAUCCUCCUCUGGAAGGAUGCCAUGCUACGGAAUGAUAAUGCAGGUAAUGAAGAAAAGGUGCUCUGUGCUCAGAUCUGUAGCACCAUCAGAGGGUUUGCUUUGUUUGUAACAUGUAUUGUCCAUAUUGUAACAAUCCAGGGGUGUCUGUGGCCCUGUGGGACUCGGUGUUAGACAGCAGAAGGAAGCUUGGGCCACGAAUCAGAUGACUUCCCUUUGGCACAUUGCAUACACCACAUAUUCUACCAAUACCUCAGUGGAAUAAAAUUUAUAAUAGUGUCACUUGAUUCUGCCUUGUGCCUUCAUUAUGUCUAACUAUAGAUUCUUCGUUUACUUUUUUAGAAUUCUGUAACUCUGACAGCUUUGCUUUAAUGUCUGUCUCUUCUAAAAUGUGUAACUAACACCGGCCCCCAUCUCCAUUGCUUUACUGUCAGACUAAUGAACAUAAACUACUAUUUGUUGUGAUCUCUUUAAACACAUUUUAAUCACUACCUCUGCCUGCCAUAGUCUACGGAACUGGCCACACACAAAGUAUGUAAAUAGCACUAUUUUAUUUUUGUAUAGUUUACAUUUUAAAGGUUAUCUUGCUGGGCUACAGUCCAAUGAGAAUUUACCUAUAUCCAUCCGUCCAUCUCUGGAGAACCUCCCUUCUCAAGUCUAAAGCAUUUCACUAAUUUCAUCUGAAUGUGUGUGUAUAUAAUAUAAUCUCAAUACACUUUAAAAUCUGCGUUAAACUUCAUUGUAAUACAGCAAGGUGUAUGAAACACACUUUGUAUUUAAUCACUACUUCCUUUAAGCACAGAAUUUUCAGUUCAAUAUUGUCAUGUUUUGGCUUGCGUUAGUCACUAUAAACAAACACACAAUUUCAAAUAACCACACAGCCUGGGGUUGCAUUUCAGGAAACCGUCUAAGUGCCAACACACCUUUGAAGCCUGAAAUUAAACGUUCUCUCGUCAGAUGUGUGUAAACCAUCACUUUGAAACCUGCCACAAUAAAUAUCGUAUGGUAGUUCACAUCAACUCGUUCAGAUCAGCUACUCGUGUGGGGUUUGUGCGAAAUUUCUUUUUUUGUUGUUUUUUUUAAAAUUUACUUCUCACUUUUUAAUUUAGUUUGGAGAAAAAGCCAGUAGACAUUUUAUCCUUUUUUUUUAUUUUUUUAUUGCCGACACUGUGUAUAUUUGAAGUUCAAAUGAUCGGAAUAUGAAGAGUUGAUCGUGAAAGCACGCUUGCUAGUCAGUCAGCUCUAAACAUAAAGAGACUGAUAUACUCUGCUUUGUAUUACAGCAGAAUCAAUAUGGCGCCUUCUGAGCAUAUGAUCAAACGUACAUCAGUUCUUUGUGAUAUAUCCACAAACACCAAUCAGUAGAUAAACUUCUCCAGGAUGAAAGGAAGCCGAUAAAUUAUUGUUUCUGCCUCCUGCAUUACAAUCAAAGACCGGCUAAAACGUUUGUGUUGUUCUACAGAAGUUUGAUGUAUUCCCUUUUGUCUUCACUAUGGAAUUGUUGAUACUGCAAGAUUCACCCUGUAUGUACAAAGUUACUUGUAUCAAGAGAAUGUGUUUUUUUUUUUUUUUGUCAUACAGAGCAAGUUUGUCGGGGUCAGAGAGUGCCAGCAGUUAUAUUUGUGCAUUUAAUGUUUCUAAUAGUUUUAGAGAUUUCAAACUUGUAGAUAUGUUUUCAUUUAUCUCUGUUUUCAGCCAUCUUUCGCUGUGUUCUUAUCGUUUUGUUUCUUUGUAACGACGUACAUCCGGGGUAUGUGUAA